GAAUCUCUCUGCAGCUCUGAUAUAGUGACAGAUUUAGGAGAUGAGCAAGGUGUGUGCUGUUUUUGGAGGAUCUAGAGGAAUCGGCAAAGCCAUUGCAAAGUUAUUGGCUCAGAAGGACUAUAAAGUUGCAGUUAUAUCUAGAAACCUUGAAGUGGCUCAAGCAGCAGUAACAGAGAUUGGAGCUCACCUGGCCCUCAGCUGUGAUGUCUCCAAGGAGAAUGAGAUCCAGUGCACAUUCAAAGAAAUUAAGAACAAUUUGGGCAACAUUGACUAUCUGGUUAAUUCUGCAGGCAUCAGUAGAGAUGCACUGUUACUAAGAACAAGAUCUGAGGAUAUUAUGUCUCUCCUCUCCAUCAAUCUGGUGGGCACAAUUCAGACAUGCAAAGUGGCACUCAAAGGUAUGAUUCAGCAGCAAGGAGGAGCCAUCGUAAACAUAGGAAGCAUUGUUGGUCACAAAGGAAACAUUGGUCAGAGUAUUUACGGUGCCAGUAAGGAAGGGUUGAUUGGAUUCUCCAAGUCCCUCGCUAAAGAAGUGGCAAAAAGGAACAUCCGAGUUAAUGUAGUUGCACCAGGUUUCAUUCACACUGAUAUGACUUCAGGUUUAAAAGAAGAUUCCCUAAAUAAAAUGAUCCCCUUGGGCAGGUUUGGAGAGCCAGAAGAAGUUGCCCAAUCAGUCUUGUUCUUAUUGGAAUCCCCUUAUAUCACAGGACAUGUUUUAGUGGUUGAUGGUGGCCUCCAGCUGCACCUUUAGGUUUUUUUUCAUCUUCUACAAAUACAAGGUAUAUUGAAGCAUAUAUAUCCUUAAUGGUUUAAAGUUGUAUAUUGCAUAUUUUAAUUACUGUACGUUCAAAUAAAUGUAAGAAUA